GAAGAUAGACGGCAAUGCAUUAAAACAUUGAACAACAAAGAGACUUGCAACAGCCAGAUCUCAAAACCAUGACAGACAGCAUCAGGGAGUUGAACUGCCAGUAUUCUAUUUGUCUACCAUCCAAUUGAUGUAGUGUCUUGCACAUCCUCUGUAUAAAUAGGUCUAACCACAAAGCUAGACACAUCAAACCAAGACUUUCCUCUCCUUCUCAGCUCUCAGACUCAACAGAGAGACAGAGCUUAGCAACACACAUGGCUUUCCACCAAAGAUCAGUUAGCUUGCGUUCCAGGCCUCUCUCCAAAGUUGAAGAGGAGCUGCACAGCGUAGAGGCAUGCAUCUCUUCACCCUCCCUGACCAUCGAGGCAAUCUCCGAUGGUCUGAGGGGGCUCGGGGACAUCUACUGCUCAAUUGAGGAGAUCAUGUGCCUGCCUAGCAACCAAGUUUGCUCACCACAGCAAAGGAAGUUGUUGGAUGGAGAGAUGGAAUGCUCCCUUGAGCUACUGGAUAUGUGCAACACUAUGAGCGAGGUCUUCACCGAGUUGAAGGCCAUCAUCCAAGAUCUGCAAGUGUCUCUCAGAAAAGGAGAUGAUGCAGUUCUUCAAGCCAAGAUCCAGUCAUACAUCCGCUUGGUGAAGAAGGCAAAGAAACAUUCCAAGAAGACUCUGAAGAAGGUUGUCUCGAACAAGGAGGACUGCAGGAUAGUCAAGCUAUUGAGAGAGGCUAGAGAGAUUACUACCUCUCUAUUCGAGUCAACUACACACCUCUUGUCGAAGCAAAUUGCUAUGCCUAAAUUGUCUCUCAUCUCCAAGGCAUUCCAGAAGAAAAUCCCAGUGAUUUGCAAUGAGGAGCAGUUGCAGGUGUUAGAGUGCUGCAUCAGAGAUCUUGAGGCUGGAGCAGGGCUUCUGUUCAGGAGAUUGGUCCAAAGCAGGGUUACUCUCCUGAACAUUCUUAGCUCAUAGAUACUCAAGAUCUGUCACUCUUAAUACCCUGUGAUUGGCAUCCGCCUUUUAAAGGAUUUGCUGAUCCUUCCAUCUGUAUAUGCCAUAGAAUAGAAUUACUGUACAGGAAAAUAAAAUAUACAUGAAAGAGAUACAAAGUUUUGAUCUAAUUCUUGCCGUGUGCUCAGGCUUCACAUAUUGCUGAGAUACAAGAUGUGAUUACGCAAUGUGCUGUCAGUAUUAUUGCCUUUGGGAUUAAUAUACAACGGACAAUCCAACAAAUGAGUUAUGAAAUAUAUGUGCCAUGCUAGUGAUAUUAUUUUCAUUUCUUUUGUAUUUUUACAGUCAAAUUAAUCCAUAGGGAUAUACAUGCUAUACCUCUAGACAUGAGGAUUGCAGACAAAUACCCAUAGUGUCCUAGUUGUUUAUAUAUUCUAUUGAAGACUUUUUUUUUUAUAUUCAUGUGGCCAUGUUACCUCACACCUGUUUAAGUCCAUUAAUUAGUGCCCAAUCAGUGUUUGGUGCAUUUUGCAUUACAUUCAUGAAACCUGCCAGGCCCAACCUACAUGGAUUAAAGCUUGCAAUUAGCACAGUGACUACCUGCCAAUGUCCGUUGCAUUAUCGCACGACCUAGCAUGGUAUGCAUCCUUUUUAUUUUAUUUAUAUUUUUUGGACACAUAUAUAUGCAUCAAGUUCAGAAGUAUUUUUUUUCCCCUAAAAAAAUGUUUAAACAUAGAUGAGUUAUGGUUCAAAAUAAAAUAUGUCAGACGAGUGAGAAAACUGCACGCAGAUUGGAGAAAUCCAAACUGCCGCAAAAUGAUUUGCAAAACCAUGUCGCAGAUGCUUCCAUGGAAGCCUGAAUCACAUCCACUCAUGAACUCAGCCAUCAACAAUAGAGAAGAAUAAAAAUGAUUCACAAGG